AUGGACACGCGCAACGCUGGGAGCACAGAGUUAGCGCCAAAUGCGGAGGUCGAAACCGCAGGUCCCGACACGGACAACGUGACUAGCAGCAGUGGUGUUAGCAGCAGCGGUAACCACACGAACAUGCGGUGUUCGGAAUCGGUCUCCACCGAAAUCCCGGCGGCAAUCGCGGUCGGGGGAGGCCCCUGGGGCGCAGUGGGCGACACUGGCGGAAUGGGCUCGGGGGGAAGCGCAGGGGGAAGGGGAACAAGCCCAGCAGUGGCGGCGGGACUAGGCGGAGCGCAGGCGAUGCCUCCGCAUCUGGAUUUGCGCGGAGCUGCGAUUCAGACGUUUCCGCGGGACGCUGCUGGCGCGCAGACGACCAUUGUGCUCCCCAAUCAACGGUCGGAUGUGCUUCACUUCGCACUUGACAUCGGAGGCUCGCUGAUCAAGCUCGUGUAUUUCUCCCGCAUCCCUCCCCACUUGGAGCACGGGGCCUCCUUCUCCUCUCUCGUCUCCCCUUCUGCCACUGCUGCUGCUGCUCCUGCUGUUACCAGCACAGCAGCUGGCAACGAAAGCACAGAUUGCACCACCCAGACCAAUUGCGGUGCUACUGCUGCUGCUGCCGCUGCUCCACCCCCUGCCUUUGCUACUGCCACUGCGGCAUCAGCUGCUGCUGCUGCCCCUGGCAAUCUCGCUGCGAGUGCCAGUGCUGCCGCUGCUGCCAGGGCUGUCGACAGGCGAGCUUCCUUUUCUGGAGGAGGGGGGUCUUUUCGGUCGGGCGGCGGCGGUCGGCUGCACUUUGUCAAGUUUGAGACGUCGAGGAUCGUGGAGUGCAUCGAGUUCAUCAAGUCGAAGAGGCUCCACAGCUUUGAUAUUCUAGGAAUGGGAGGAGACGAGGAGAGCCUAUGGGGCUAUGGAGCCAGCUCGCCUCGUAUCAAGGCUACAGGGGCAGGGGCGUUCAAGUACGCGGAUCUGUUCAAGGAGAAGCUGGGUGUAGUGCUGGACAAGGAGGACGAGAUGCGCUGCCUCGUGCUCGGCCUCAACUUCCUCCUGCGCUCCAUCCGAGACGAGGCGUUCACACACCUGGAGGGUGAGAAGCAGUUUGUGGAGAUGCACAGCGGAAACAUCUUCCCCUACCUCCUCGUCAACAUUGGCUCGGGUGUCAGCAUUCUCAAGGUGGACGGGCCACAGCAGUAUGAGAGAGUGAGCGGCACGAACCUGGGGGGAGGCACCUUCUGGGGUCUGGGCAGCCUACUCACGGGAUGCAAGAGUUUUGACAAGAUUCUGGAGCUGAGUCAGGAGGGCGACAACUCGGCUGUGGACAUGCUGGUGGGGGACAUCUACGGCGGGCUCAACUACGAGAAGAUCGGCCUAUCGGCCUCUACCAUCGCCUCCAGUUUCGGGCGAGUGGUGGGCGAACAGAGGCAGCUCUCGGACUACCGUCCAGAGGACAUAGCGCUCUCGCUGCUGCGCAUGGUGUCGUACAACAUCGGGCAGAUCGCCUACCUCAACGCCCUGCGCUACAACCUCAAGCGCAUCUUCUUUGGCGGGUUCUUCAUCCGCGGGCACGCCUACACCAUGGAUACAAUAUCCUUCGCCAUCAAGUUCUGGUCCAAGGGCGAGAAGCAGGCCAUGUUUCUGCGCCACGAGGGCUACCUGGGCGCACUGGGAGCCUUCCUAGCGCACGAGGAGGACGCCCAUGCAGAGGGCCGCGGGCUCUCCCUCACGCCCGGCAUCGCGUCGCUCUCCUCGCUCACGCCGUCGCAGCUGGUGGAGCGCUUCCCCAUGGGCGCUCCCUUCUCCAAGGGGGAGAUCCGCGGCCCUGUCAUCAGGGGAUUGAAGGAGAAAGUUUCGUGGGUUGAGAAGUUCGUUCAGGUGGGGAGUGACAUCACAGCACCCACACCAACAGGCAAGCCACCAACCACCACGGGGCUGGGGGGCUUUGCGCGGCCCAGGGAGCAAGGCAAGGAGCUGCGGUCAGACGAGUCGGCGCUCAGUGUGGGAGUGCUGCACCUCGUGCCCUCACUGGAGGUGUUUCCACUGCUGGCAGACCCUGUCAGCUACGAGCCCAACACUGUGGAUCUCGCAGACUCCGAUGAGAGGGAGUACUGGCUUGGGAUUCUUCAGGAUCACAUUCCCAACCUCGUGGAGAAGGCAGUGGGAAGCGAGGGGGCAACUGAGGAUGCCAAGCGGAGGGGAGACGCCUUUGCCUUGGCCUUCAGGGCGCAUCUCACCAGGCUGCGCGAGGAGCCAGCAGCCUACGGGCGGCUGGGGCUGGCAACGCUGCUGGAGAUGCGCGAGGAAUGUUUGAGAGAGUUCCAUUUCUUUGACGCGUACCGCGCCGUUAAGCAGCGGGAGAAUGACGUCUCGCUGUCAGUGCUGCCUGACCUUCUGGCCGAGCUCGACAGCAUUCCUCCUGAAGAGCGGCUGCUGACGGUGAUGGGGGGUGUGCUAGCCGCCAACAUAUUCGACUGGGGGUCGCGAGAAUGCGUGAAGCUGUACCGCAGCGGCACCAUCCUGGAGAUCUACCGCAUGAGCCGUGACAAGAUGAAGCGCCCGUGGCGGGUGGACGACUUUGACUCCUUCCACCAGCGCUGGCAGCACCGCCCAUACGGCAAGGCGCUGCUGUUUGUGGACAAUGCUGGGGCGGAUGUGGUGCUGGGGAUGCUGCCUCUGGCUCGGGAAAUGCUCAGAGCCGGGACCAAUGUUGUCCUGGUGGCCAAUUCGCUCCCAGCCAUCAAUGACGUCACAGCAGAUGAACUGACAGCAGUGGUGGCAGAGGCUGCGCAGUACUGCCCUGUGCUGAGGGCAGCAGCAGAGGCAGGAGGGGUGAUGGAACAGGCUGCUUUGUGGUCGACUCAAGAAUGGCAAGGAGGGAACGAGCAGCAAGGGGAGGGGAGGCAGGCAGCGGUGCAGUCAGAGCAAGUACUGGUACAAAAUCAGCAACAGGAACAGCAGAAACAGGAGGAGCAGGGGCAGCAGGGGCAGCAGCAGCAGCAGCAGCAGCAGCAGCAGCAGCAGGGGGGUGGGAAGAAGCAGCAGGUGUUUCUGUCGGUGGUGGCGAGUGGGUCGGGCAGUCCAUGCAUUGACUUCAGACAAGUCACGUGGGAGCUGGCCCAGGCCUGCCAGGGGGCUGAUCUCGUGGUGCUGGAAGGCAUGGGUCGCAGUCUGCACACCAACUACGACACUCGCUUCACCUGUGACUCACUCAAGCUGGCGAUGAUCAAGAACGAGCGGCUGGCAAAGAGGCUGGUGGGCGGCAGCAUGUACGACUGUGUGUGCCGGUUCCAGCUGGGGACCAAGGCUGGUGGAGAGGGGGAUGAGGUGACUGAUGGGACAGCUGAUAAGGUUGCUUCUGGGAGGUAG